UCACACUUGCUGCAUCUAAUGGAAAGAGGUAAGUAAGUAAUAAUUCGCAAGGUUUGCUUUGCCUUAUCACAUCAUCGGAUCGAGUAUCGCGUACAUCCGAAAGAGUUGGUCAGUCCGCUUCUUGGUCGUCUUUGUCAACAAUUAUAAUACUUCCCUUUUACGUUCAAACCAACAGACAUGGCCAAAAUUCAGGCAACCCCUUUCAGACUUGCUCUUCUCCAGCUCGGCGGCCUCACCGCCUCCAAAGCUUCCAACAUUUCAAUUGCCGCUAAAGCAGUCACUUCUGCCGCUGCUUCCUCUCCUAAACCCCAGUUGAUCGUUCUUCCCGAAAUUUGGAAUUCUCCUUAUGCCGUUAGCAGCUUUAGAGAGUACAGCGAAAAGGUACCCGAAGUUGGAAGCAAGUGGAAGAGCUUGAAGGAAGGUGAGGAAGGAGAAACCAUAAAGGCCCUUCGGGAGAUGGCAAGGAGCAGUGGAUGCUGGUUGAUCGGCGGGUCUAUUCCUGAAAGAGAUGAGAAGACGGACAACAUCUACAAUACUUGUACUGUCUACGAUCCUGAAGGCACCCUCGUUGCUGUCCACCAGAAGGUUCAUCUCUUCGAUAUUGACAUUCCCGGUAAACAAACCUUCAAGGAGUCAGACACUCUCACAGGGGGCUCUCACCUUACCACAUUCACCACCCCUUUCGGCAAAAUCGGUCUUGGUAUCUGUUACGAUAUCCGUUUCCCCGAGAUGGCAAUGAUCGCCGCUCGUCAAGGCUGUAUUGCCAUGAUCUACCCCGCAGCGUUCAACACAACCACCGGUCCGAUGCACUGGACUUUGCUUCAGCGUGCGAGGGCUGUGGACAAUGAGAUUUAUGUCGCCAUGUGCUCGCCUGCUAGGCAUCCAGAGGCCGCCUACCAAGCUUAUGGCCACUCUAGUGUUGUGAACCCCGUCGGAGAUGUAGUUGUUGAGGCUGACCAUGAGCCCACCACUAUCUACGCCGACAUCGACCCGGAGUUGCUCGCCACUACUAGAAGAAGUAUCCCUGUUACUGUUCAAAGGAGGUUUGACGUCUAUCCCGAUGUUUCUUCUUCCUUCCAAUAGGUCAAACAGGGGAUGAUCAUGAUCGAUCGAGGGUAAAAUGUUGUGAAAGAGCUUUUUAGCAGACAGCAAGGCAUGGCACAUCAAAAUGCAUUAUCGUAUCAACACGUACAAGGACGAGUUUACUCCAUUGUGAAUGGCACAAUCUUGGACCUCGUCUGGGCCAAAUCUACCUCGACGAUACUUUUUUCCACUGGCAAAGGUCCAGAUCAGGAAAGCCUGGGAGUCACGUACGUCAAUGGCGCACUGAGGUACAAAAACACCACCAGCCUUGCCGUCCACUGAAGAUACGAGUGUUCAUGAUGCAGCACUCUUCACUCGCGCCUUCUUUCGGGCCUAUUCUUUCUCGUCCUCCCAUAUCCAUUCAUUGUUUAUGAAGCAAAAACGCCUGAGAGAUAGAAUGCUUGUGCGUAUUGCUCUGCAAAAUCUGCCUUUGCAAACUGCUGCACCAAGCUUGACAAAGAGCAGCGUUCAUGAACCCGAAUUUGAUUCCCCACGUUUCAGCUACAAGGUUUGCCAGACUUUUUCUGUGUCGACCAGGCUUUUCUGUGUCGAAUCAUUAUCGUCAACGGCGUUGAACAAGAGGGGUGGUCGAACGUAUUUCCCCGUUUGGCUGGGACGACGGUAGGGGAUGGGUUUUGUGCGUUUCGGAGGAGAAAGAGGAGUGAAUGCGUUUGAACAUUUCCCAGAUUCACUUGCUUGUUAUAGACGGCAGUUUUGACCUUUUCGGGAAUCGUAAACCUAUCCAGGCGCUCAUCGUCCUAUGCAUGCAUGCC